GUCGCUGCUACACUGACACCCGGGGACUGAGCCGCAGAGCUGACACUUAUAAUUUGCCGUUGGUAGAAGUGAGUCCGGUGUGAGAGAAUAAAGUGAAUAAUAGAAAUAAUAAAGAACAAGAGCCGCUGCUCCCCCUCCCUCGCGCCUGUGGAACACAAUUUGCAGCCUCCCCCCCCGCCAUUUUGUAGCGGCGCCUCCUCCCCUCAGUGUCUGAUGUAGCGCGGCCUCCUGUUUCCCUCAGUCGAGGCUUGAGGAGAAGGAGGAGGAGAAUAAUGCCGCCGGGCCCGAGGAGAAGUCAUGAGCAUGAGAUCCAGCGUGUGUCGCCCGCGGCCCGACGAGCCCUCGCUGGGAGAAGAGCCGCAGGAAAGGCCGGGGCUCACGGGCCGGAGUAGGCCGCAGCCGGACGGCCGGGCUGGAGAAGGCGGGAGAGGACAGAGCGGCCCGGGCGAGUCCUGCGGGAGGUUGGGCUGCGAGGCGGGGGCCCUGGCGGACAAAGGAGCCGGAGGAGCGGCCGGGGCGGCGGUGACAGGAGCCGGAGCUGCAACUACAGCGGCCACUGGGCACGGACAGGCCCCGGCUUCUACUUCCACGGCCCCGGGAGCUCGCUGGAGAAGUCCGCUCAGAGGAGGCGCUGGACCCGGCUCGUGCUUGAAGCAAAUCGUCCUCCUCCAGUUGGACCUCAUUGAGCAGCAGCAGCAGCGCCUCCAGGAGCGAGAGCGGGAGAUCGGGGAACUCAGGGCCGACAAGGACACGCUCUUGGCCCGCAUUGAGCGCAUGGAAAGACGCAUGCAGUUGGUCAGAAAGGACAGUGAAAAGGACAGACAGCGCUCGUCUCAGACCAGAGAUCAGCCGGCAGAGAUGCCAGAGGGGCCCCUACCUGAGAGCGCCCGAGGGGGCAAGUUUCCUCCAGUGACCAGUCUCACUCCCAAACCCUAUGGCUACGGGCGCAGUGCAAAAGGACACAAAAGGAGAUCCACUUUCGGCAGGACAGAUCACAGGAGCCCAGUGAAGAGACUGACGUCUGAUCUGGCCAAGAUAAAGGGCAAACUCAGCCAGUCGCUGGCAGAAAUGGAGGACACUGAAACAGGGGCGUCUCUUUCUGGGACCCCCUGCCAACGCGCAUUGCGCAACAAAGAGACCCCAGAAAAGCUGCACUCUCCAUUGGACACUCCCCUGAGAUCCACAUACAGCUCCUCCAUUCCCCUUUCACUAAAGGACAGCACUUCUGCUGAGUCAGACUUUCCCUAUCUCACAACCACGGACAUGUAUCUUAGUCGCUGGCAUCAGCCUCCACCCUCUCCAUUAAGAGAGCCCUCCCCAAAGAAAGAAGAGAGUGUGGCAAUUCCGUCAUGGAGAGAACACAGGAUUGAGCCGCUGCAGGUGACAGAGCUGUCUGAUAUCCCAGAGAACCUGGAGGAUGCAGUGUUUGCGAAGAGACAUGCAAAAUUAGAGCUGGAUGAAAAAAGAAGGAAAAGGUGGGACAUACAGAGAAUCCGUGAGCAGAGACUCUUGCAGCGAUUGCAACUGCGCAUGUGCAAAAAGAAGGGGAACCAGGAGAGUGAGCCCGAGGUCUCCUCAUUCUUCCCUGAUGUGGAUGACGUUGAAUCUGUGAUGAUCACCCCGAGUCUUCCUGUCGUGGUGUUUGGUCGUCCACUGCCUAAAAUAACCCCACAGAAUUUUGAGCUGCCUUGGCUUGAUGACCGGAGCCGUUGCCGACUGGAAAUGCAGAAAAAACAGACCCCACACCGGACCCCUCGCAAAUAGGCCGGGCGGCCAGUCAUGUAAUAAACUUUUAAUGUUAAUUGAGUGCAAGUUGCCCUUAUCAAGCCUCAUGGAAAGUGCUGCCUGUCAUCUAUAAACCCUGUGCUGCUAGGCCUUUCAGAGCAAUGUCCUGCAACCCCCACAGACAAUCCCAAAGGAGUUUUUGUUCUUCCAGACAGACUUUUAUUUGACCAAAUAAUAAAAGCGCAUUCCCACUUGCCUCAAAUCUGUAACAGAGUUGGGAGCUUGCGGCUGUAACUCGUGAGUCUCGCAAACUCCAUGUUGUUGUGGAGUUUCGGGUUUGUCAUACUGUCUAACACCCUUACUCACCCCCCACUCUUUACCCAAAUACCCUCUCAGAAUAUACUAUAGUUUCCACCCCCUUAUUGGUUCCUCUAAUGAAUUGGAAAUUGUUGUCGAAUACACAGGUCCCACAGGAGACUUUAUAAAGAAGGUGUAGAGUAGAUUUGAAAUGAAAAGGGUAAACACAUAGUUAAUCUGCUGUAACCCUUCCCAUUGUCCCUGCUUCACAUAGGGGUGAGUAAUAAGCAGGUUUAUAGCCGAGCCCAUCUGUGGGUACAUAGUCCAGCAGUGAGAGCUCAAUCUCAUAGCGACAAACACAAGCGUCUCCUCAUCUCCCGAUUUAACAACUUGUUUUAUUUCUUUUCUAUUUGCUUAUCUUUUUAACUAUUAACUAGUACUACUCAGAUUUGUCUAUGAACAAUGAGCUUCACGUAUUGUUUGUCUCAUAACAACAGAGAAGCACUUGGCUUCCCAGCAAACCUACUAAAAUGUAAACCACUCGAUUGUCCUGCCAAAAACUUAAUUGGCCUAGUCCCGAAUAGAAGAUUUCAGGCAAAUGGUUACUGACAGGGGUUAAUAUCUGAGCCUACCUGCAAGUGCUUGGAGGGCUUUAACCUUUUCAUUGCUUGGCAAAAGCAAUGCUAUUAACUAGUAGGCACUAGUCCAGUUUUGUAAGUCUAAGCGCUCUCCGUUCCAAGCUCAAAUCACCGAACUCUAUUCUUCAGAGCAGACAAAUCCAUCCCCAAACCUCCCUUAAAACCAGAAACCGCUAAAAACAUUUCCAUCCUCCCUUUAUGCUGAAAUGCUGAUUUAUUUUAAAACUUGAUAUAUGGGUGCUUGGAGAGCAGAGCAGAAUGUUUACUUCUCCUUUAAUCACCCAACAGCAUCUUGCUGGUCCUUGAAACAACAAUCUCCUUUAACCCUUUGUGUGUAACCUGCUGUCGAAUCCAUAGAUCUCGUUUCAAUGUUUCUUUUUUCAUUGCUCCUGUCACAGAGGCCGACAUAGAAAGUGUUAAAUAGACAGGGACCCCCCAAUGUGUGGGAAGGGGCUGCAACACAUUGCUCUGCAGAGAACCCGGUGACUGGCACCAUUUUUAGGCUCUAAAGCAGAAGUUUACAUUUCCCCCCAACUCUUCUCACCCCUGCUUCCGGUUUUGCUUUCUCUUUCUUUUUUUUUUUUUUACUAUCAAUUGUAAUAUAACGCUCAUGUAAAUAUUUUAAAAAGUUUGUGUUUUUUCGUUUGUAAAUAAAUGACUAAAUGAAUGAGAA